GAGCAACCAUCAUGGCAGACCUAGUAAAUAUAAUUAAAGAAUACACUCCGGUGUUGUUAUCAAUAUCAAAAUAUGCUGUAGUGGCUUUAAUAGCGCUGAAUAUGAACUCAUUUCCACUUGUUUGGCAUUUCAGAACGUUUGGAUGCGUAUAUUGGCACAAGUGGUUUGGCAAUCACGAGAGGAGUGUCGGCAUAGAUCCUUUUAAGACAGUAUCAACUAGAAAGUAUAUAGCGACUAUCGACGAUUGCGAUGCAUUUGGAUUUCACCUUUCCAACAGCAGCUACGCUAAGAACCUUGACUCAGCGAGGUUAGAUGCCUGGGUAGAGCUUAACUAUAGGUUAUUCAAGGAGGCACAAGUUUGGACCCCUCUCGGAGCGUCAUCCUAUUAUUUUGUCAAGGAGAUUCCAUUCGGUAAGAAAUAUGAAAUCAGAACAUCAAUUGGCGCGUUCGAACAAGAUAAAUGGUUUUAUUACGUUUCAAAAUUCGUUUCGAAGAAAUCAAAAAAAUCUAAAGGAUCAACAAGCACUCCAGCAAAUUUAGCUACCGCUGGUUCUCAUGCAACAGCACCUGAUACCGUAUCUGGUACUGCCACGCCAAUUGCUAAAGAUGAAUCGCCAAAUAGCCUCAUAGCGCAGGCAUACAACGAGUUAAGCCCUGACGAAGAAUUGAAUUGUAUAGCUAUAACACAAUAUUGUUUCAAAAGUGGUAGAUUGACAGUUCCACCUCCAAUCGCUCUCGGCUUGGCUGGUCUAGGUAAAAAUGGAGAGAAGAAUCACGAAAUCUUCAAGAAGUUAGUCAAGGAGCACAAAUUGAAGGCCUACCUCAGGGGUGGUUACAAAAAAGAUAACCCAGAUUUCGCUGAUGUUGAGCUCAACAUCAAUGAUUUGGAGAUUACGAACUCGACUCGUUUUGAGCCAUACAGGGCUUUCACUAACGCCCUUACUAGUUUUAAAACUCACUAGAUUGGAUACUUUCUCUUUAAUUUAUGAUUUUCAUGUAACGUAAGAAUUGCUCUUUUGUGACACGCCGAACAUCCUCAAAAUGUAGACCCAUUAAUUGAAAUACAUACAAAAAAAC